CAAGUGUUCAAGGUUUAAUUAUAAUUGAAGCCUAGGAUAAGUGAUUUAUGGAUGAUUCAGAGCUCAAUAUGAAAAACCUUCAGAUGAUUAUAUUGUUAUUUCGGGGCUUACACUGCAAUGUCUAGUGCAUCCUCCAUGCUGACUUCUUUCAAUGGAUAAGACCUGGGUGUGGUGAAAAUGUAGCUGGAUUCUGUUUAAUUGGACCGACCAUCACAGUAAUCACAAGCAAGGUUUUGUGAAAAGUGCAAACAACCUGGUACUAUGUAUUUGGUUUGCAUGCGUUGACCCUAUUGUGUAUCCUUCACUCUACUCACGCUGCUACAAUCUCCUCCAGCCUCAGCCUCUGUUCUGAUCUUCAUCAUUUGUCUCCAACUUAAUUAGAUUCAGAUACUUGUGUGAUCUUCGAUAAUUUUUGCAAGGAAGAGGAUAUGGCUGCGCAUGCUUCUUCUGAGAUUAUUAAGUAUGAUGUCUUCCUUAGCUUCAGAGGCACAGACACUCGCUGUAGUUUUCUCAGCCAUCUGCGCAAGGCUUUAGAGGACGCGCACGUCAAGACAUACGUGGAUUACAUGCUCAGAGAAGGAACUGAAAUAUCACACUCACUCCUUGCAGCCAUUGAACAAUCAGAAAUUGCUUUGAUCAUAUUCUCCCAGGAUUAUGCUUCUUCCAAAUGGUGUUUGGAAGAACUAGCCAAAAUAAUGGAAUGCAGCAAACAAAAUGGUCAAAUUGUAAUACCUAUUUUCCAUAAUGUAGACCCAUUAUGGGUGCGCCACCAAAAGGAAAGUUAUCACCACGCCCUUGCUAAUCAUGAGGUGAGGUUUGCAGACAGGGUGCAAAUCUGGAGAGAUGCUCUCAAGGAAGCUGCCAAUUUGUCUGGAUUCGAUUCACAGUCAAGAUUCAAGGAUGAUGCUCACCUUGUUGGUGAAAUUGUCAAACGUGUCUUACAAAGGUUAAACCAAUCACCCCAAGGUGAUUUGCAGGGUCUUGUUGGAAUUCAUGGACCAAUUGAAAAGCUAGUUUCGUUGUGCACGGAAUCUGAAGCUGUUAUUAUUGGCCUUUGGGGCAUGGGCGGUGUUGGUAAGACAACUCUUGCGACUGCAGUUUUCAAUAGAUUGUGUGAUGGAUUUGAAGGAUUUUGCUUUUUGAAAAAUGUAAGAGAAAGAGCUGAGAAAUAUGGUAUAGAUCAUUUGAAGACAGAACUUCUUUCCAAACUGCUAAAGGAAGAUGCAACUCCCUUUGUCACGCCUGGUGGGAUAACUAAUUUUGCCAAGAAAAGACUUAGUCGAACAAAGGUUCUUGUUGUUCUUGAUGAUGUCAAUGAUUCAGACCAAAUGGAAGAUUUAUGUGGAGGACAUACACGGUUUGGGGCAAGUAGCAGAAUCAUAGUGACAACAAGAGAUAAGCAUGUCCUUCUUAGGGCGGAUGCUGAUCAUAUUCAUCAAGUUAAGACGUUGAAUUCUGAUGAUUCCCUUCAGCUUUUCAGCCUGAAUGCCUUCAAGCAAAACUGCAUUAUAAAAGCAGAACAAGUUGAGUUGUCCAAGAGAGUGCUUAACUAUUGCAAAGGCCUUCCUUUAGCAAUAAAAAUCUUGGGUUCCUUCCUUAAAGGAAAAACUCAACAAGAGUGGGAAAGUGAACUGGCCAAACUUGAAAAGAUGCCUGAUGAAAAAAUCCAAAGUAUAUUGCGAUUGAGUUAUAAUGAAUUAGAUCGUAAUGAUCGGAAUAUAUUUUUGGAACUUGCAUGUUUCUUUGAUAGAAAUACAGAAGAAGAGCAGAUAAAAUCUCUUCUUGAUCGCUGUGGAUACACAACUACUAUCGGCUUGACAAAUCUUUGUAAUAAAGCUCUUAUUUCCAUUUCAAACGAUUGUGUGUCAAUGCAUGACUUAAUUCGAGAAAUGGGCCGUGAAAUUGUUCGCGGAGAAUGUCUAGAUGAUCCAGGAAAACGCAGUAGACUAUGGCAUUCUUAUGAUACCUAUGAAGUACUGAAAUACAAUAAGGGAACUCAAGCUAUUCAAAGUAUCACAUUAAAUAUGUCUGAAAUUGAUAUGAUAAGGUUGCACCCUGAGACAUUUGAAAGAAUGCCAGAACUGAAGCUUGUUAGAUUUCAUUCAUCCAAUUCCAAAAACAAGUUGUGUGCUCCAGAAGGUAUUACAUCCCUGCCAAAGAAGUUAAGGUAUUUUCAUUGGGAUGGGUUUCCUUUGAAAUCUUUGCCGUCUUCUUUUGGUGCUGAGAGAUUUGUUGAAAUCAUAAUGCCCAAUAGUGGAUUGCAAACGCUUUGGGAAGGUGAACAGAAUCUUGUAAAUCUAAGGAAAGUGGAUCUUGAUGGUUCAUCAAGCCUAAUGGAGCUCCCAGAUUUAUCAAAAGCUUCAAAUCUUAGAGAAGUGAGUAUCUCUGGUUGCAAGAGUCUGCGUCAAGUUCCUCCAUCUGCUGUGUGUUCCCAGAAGCUGAAAUACCUGAAAGUGAGCAACUGUGAGAGCCUUGAAUCCAUAGCAGAGCUUCCAGCAUCGGUUGUGUGCGUAAUUGCUCGCAACUGCCGCUCACUACACACUGUAUCUUUAUCUGCUUUGGAUUCUAUGGCCAAAGAACCGAUCCAGCAGCAGCAAUUUGAGGAUAUAACCUUCAAUUUCACCAACUGCAACAAAUUGAGAAGGAAUUCAAAAAAGAGCAUUAUGGAACAUGCCUAUGGCAGACUAAAGCGACCACUAGCAGCAGCACCAACAUGUGCUACAACAGCAUGGCUGGAUAAGGAGGAUAAGCACCCGUUUCGUUAUCUUUCAGGCAAGCAGCACAAUCAUCCCAAGUUAAAUGUGUUGUCAGGUGCAGCCCCGGAAUGGUUCAGAUAUAAAAACCCACAAAGAGGGGCUGUUACUCUUGAUGUUGCCCCAGGUGAUAACUUGUUGGGUUUCAUCUUUUGGAUCAUUUUUCCUGCAUACUAUGGGAGUCACGAAGUGCAAGCCACUUCAGUGUCAUAUAAGUAUCGCGUUAAAGUGAUGCAUGGCCCAAGUUUCAGCUAUGACGGGUAUUGGUUUCUAGGCGAGAAUAUAUGGCUUAACGAUAGCUAUUUUUGGUACGACGGGCAAUGCUGCAUUGACAUGAUCAAGGUAAUGGAAGAAAACACCGACACUAAUAAUAAUAAUAGCAUUCAACUCAUGGUUUCAUUCCAGUUCUUCUACACUCGUCUUGUUUUGAGUUACCGUUACCCUAUUGAGGAAGAUGUUAACAAAGAAAUAGAAGAUUGGGCUGUGCACCCAAUAUAUGCCUCAGACGUUCGAAACUUCAAAGAUUGGAGUGUGCAUCCAAUAUAUGCCUCAGAUGUUCGAAACUGACACGCUUCCAUUCAACGAGUUCGAAGCUAAAAUGUUAUUUACACAUUGAAAUCAGCUACUAAAUUUAGCCAACUAUGUAUUUGUGUUUAAAUACAUGUAAUCUAAUUCAUUUUUCAUAUGUAUAUUUUUGUAUGUAUUCUAUA